AGCGAGUAGAGGCACGUUGGGGCAUGCGACGCGACAACCUAUAUAUUGAAGGAAGGAAGGAGUGCAUCACAAAGUAACUGUGAAUAAUUCAUGCUCGAAGGUUCCGUGUUCUUUUUCGCUGUAUGAAGAGUUAAACAGCUUUCUACAAUGUCAGACGUUGAAAAUGAUGAUGUGCCGUCUGCGAUGGCAGCUGGUGGUCCAAUGGACGUAAACACUGCCUUACAAGAAGUUCUCAAGAACGCUUUGAUACAUGAUGGUGUUGUACAUGGCCUCCAUGAAGCUGCUAAAGCUUUAGACAAAAGACAAGCUAUGCUCUGUAUUUUGGCAGAUAAUUGUGAUGAGCCUAUGUAUAAGAAAUUAGUUCAAGCAUUAUGCAAUGAACAUCAGAUACCACUGAUAAAGGUAGAUAAUAACAAAAAGUUGGGCGAAUGGGCCGGACUCUGCAAGAUUGACAGUGCAGGCAAAGCACGUAAAGUUGUUGGCUGUUCCUGUGUAGUAAUUAAGGAUUUUGGGGAAGAUACACCAGCAAAAGAUGUCUUAAUGGAAUAUCUUAAACAAAGUUCUGUACAUUAAGACAUUUUAAUAAAAUAUUUGACAUAAUUUUACAAAAGUA